AUGGCAAGCGGUAAUAAUAACAGUAGUAGUAAGAGAGGAGGAGGAGGAGGCGAAGAAUUGACGACAAUGGCAGAGUUAAGCAAAACCCUAAAAGAAGGGGAGAGAAUUGUGGCUCCCAGCCGACGUCCUGACGGUACCCUUAGAAAACCCAUUCGGAUUCGGGCUGGUUAUGUCCCCCAAGACGAAGUCGCCAUCUACCAAUCCAAAGGUUCCCUGUGGAGAAAGGAAAUGCAAUCUCAAGAAGUCCCUCCUGGUUAUGAUCCUGACCCUCAAACAAAACCGAAAACUAAGUCUGUUAAAAGGAAUGAAAGAAAGAAGGAAAAACGGCUUCAGCAGGCUGCACUUGAAAAGGGCAAAAACUCAGAAGCAGAUGAAGAUGGAAAUGUGGAAAAGGGAGCGCUACCUGCCGAAGAUUUAGGCCAUGCAUCCGAAUCUGUUAAAUCAUUGACAUCUCAGAUGAAUGAUCUAGCUGUUUCUUCAAAUCCUGCUGUAGUUGCUCCUUCCUCGGACUUGGCAGAUGCUUUAAAUAUGGAGGCUCCAGUUCAAGAUAUCGAUAAGAGAAUUCGGGCUCUAAAAAAGAAGGGUCUGAAAGGCUUGGGUGAGGGAUGUGGGAACAAAUUUUAUGGCAGUGGUCAUUUUAUAGAGAUUCGACUAGCAGAAGCUCAGCAGCAGAAAACUCCGACACAGGAUAUGAAUCCAGAGCAGUUGGAGAAGUUGACAAAAUUGGACGGUUGGCGCCAAGAGCUCAAACUUUUGGAGGAUAAAAAGGCUGAAGAGGCAUCAUCAUGA